AUAUCAGCCUCGCCUAAAAAACAAAAAAUCAUUCAAAAAGGGGACGGAAGCGCUGCGCGCGAGAUAUAGAAUCCCGAGGGAACGCCUCUUCUCGUUCCUCUCGGCCUUCCCAUUAGGGCUUUUGGUUUCUGGUCUCGGAGAAAUCUCAGAGGCGGAGGAGAGAGGAUGGCGAGUUAUCGAGCGGAGGACGACUACGACUACUUGUUUAAGCUGGUGCUGAUCGGUGAUUCCGGUGUGGGCAAGUCGAAUCUUCUGUCGAGGUUCACGAGAAAUGAGUUCAACCUCGAAUCGAAGUCUACCAUCGGGGUGGAGUUCGCCACCAAGAGCUUGAAUGUCGACGGCAAGAUUAUUAAGGCUCAAAUUUGGGACACCGCCGGUCAGGAGAGGUAUCGUGCCAUCACAAGUGCUUAUUAUCGCGGAGCUGUGGGUGCAUUACUCGUGUUCGAUGUCACCCGUCGUGCUACAUUUGAGAAUAUCGAACGUUGGCUAAGGGAGCUAAGGGAGCACACAGAUCCAAACAUUGUUGUUAUGCUGGUUGGGAACAAGUCCGACCUUCGUCAUCUUGUCGCUGUAUCAACUGAUGAUGGCAAAGCAUUGGCAGAGAGGGAAUCCUUGUUUUUCAUGGAAACCUCUGCUCUCGAGUCCACCAAUGUCGAGAAUGCCUUUUCUGAGGUUUUGACUCAAAUCUACCGAAUUGUUAGUAGGAGAGCCGUCGAAGCCGGCGAAGAUGGAGCUUCUGCUAUUCCGAGCAAAGGUGAGAGAAUUGAUAUAAAUGAUGAUUCUUCUAAAAAGAGGUUUGGCUGUUGCUCUAAUUAGAGGUUGAAACAGAACAGAUGAAGAUUUGCAGGUCACAGUAAGUAUCUAAUUAGGAAAACAAUAGAUACUUCCGUUUCAUUACAUUAUUUAUUUCAUCUGGCUAGAAAUCUAUAGAUGCAGAUUCAUAUAUUGAUAGACUAAUAUUGAAGGCCUGCUAUAUUUUGAAAUUUGGCCUAUUAAGUAUCUUUUUUUUAAGGAAAUUACUUGUUCGAGCCAGAUGAGGAUGAAGCAUAUUUUAAUUUGAUUUUUUUAUGUUUUUUAUUUUUUA